AUGACAACAACAUCUAAUCGAAGUUCUGGAUGUUUUCGUGGUUAUACAAAUGAACAGAAAACUUUACGUGCAAAACUUGCUCAAUUACUUAAAUGGACACGUGAUUUAAAAACUAAUAUUAUGAAACAAUCAUGUAAAGUAUUACAAAUAAUGAAUAAUAAUAAAAGCAAUAUUAAUCGUCAAUUAAUUGAUCAAAUUCAUGAUGAUUUAGAUGAUUAUAAACGAAAAUUAGAUCGUGAACUUGGUCGUAUACAUGAUAUAUGUGAUGCAUUAGCAAACAAUCCAAUAACAGAAGGUAAUGAAGAGAAUCUUCGAGAUGAAAUUCUUGAAGCAUUACGUCGUUCACCAACAUAUUCAUCACUUGAACAACAUAUUGAUGGUGAUGAAAAACGAACACGUAUUCGUGUAAAACCACGUGAAAGAAUUCAUCCAGGUCAAAAUCGUCCAGCACCAACAUCAUAUUUAUCAUCCGAUACAAUUAAACGUAAAGCAUCACAACCAGUAGCUUUAAAAUUAUUGGAUACUACAGGUGCGUCUAACACCAAACGAAGAGCACAAGUCGAUGCAUUUAAACGUUCAAGAUCAUUUACUAAUGUUGAACAUACUGAAACACAAUUAGGUAUGGAUUAUAUUGAAGAAGAUGAAAGUGAUCUUUCAUGGAAACCAUUUGGACCAAAACGAUCCAUUUCACAACUUAGUCUAUCAUCAACUAAUAAUGAACAAUCAAAUGAUAAACAGUCAUCAACAAAUGUACUUAAAACAAGUCAAUCAUUACCAGCAAUAUCUACACAAAAAUCGGCAUGUAAUGAUAAUGAUUCAUCAGAUGAAGAAUUUGAUGUUGCAUGGCAACGACGUGCUAUACAGAAAGCUCGAAAAGAAGCAGCUGCUGCACCCCCACCACCACCGCCACCACCUACUGAAACACCAGCAAAACGAACUGUUCGUUUUUCACCUUCAACAAAUGAACAGGUUGAACUUAUUGAAAUUGAUCUUGACGAAGCAUUGCAAGAUGAUUUACAACAGAUAAGAGAUCAAAAUAAUAAUAAUAGACAACAAACUGAAGUUGUUAGUAUUGAUGAUGAUGAUGAUGAUGAUGAUGACGAACCAAUAAUUACAACAGCAGAUACGCAAAGUCAAAUAACAACAGUAAAUAAUCAGAAUGAUGGUAGUCAAAUAAUUAAUGACAGUGAUGAUGAAAUAAUUGCUUUAAGUGAUGAUGAGAUUCCAGCCAAAUCAAGUAUUUCAAGAAGAAAAAAUACUUGGGUUGAAUCAGAAAUUCAAAUAACAAGUGCAAAUUCUCAAUCUCAAUCAUUACAUAAUCCAUAUCGUAUUGGUAUUACUGAUCCAAGUAUACGAUCAGUAUUUUUACCGCCACCAAAUUCUCAGACAAUGUUACCGUCAACUGGUGGAAAUAGAAGAGCACCAAGUAGUAAUCGUAGAACAGCAUCAACAAAACGAACAACCAGUAAAAAAAAAUAA